GCUGAAGCUACUGGCUGUAAUAGUGAUUGUUAAAGCACCGCUCACCUGGUAGACGUUGAGGUACAAACCGAAUGAGCCGUUGUUACUCCAGGUUGCCGUAUGGGUGGAUGUUGUGAAUAAACAAAACCGCUUUUUAUUUUUAUUGUCGAUGUUCUGAAAAUGUGAGCAUUUAUUUGGACGUUUUAAAGGAUGUUGUUCAUGCAAUGCUCGAGCAAAAUGACUCGCAGGCUUCAUUAAACCUGGAAACAGAGGGAGGGGCCACCUUUUGGGUUUUUACAUGGUCUACUGUUGCAUGAAAUAAAAAAACAUACGCUGCAGACAUGAAGAUCACAGACAGCGUGUUGCGAAGUUUCAGGGUUGCAAGGACAUAUCGAGAAAACUCCCAGAAAGUAAACUGUGUGGACUUCAGCCCAAAUGGGGAAAAUGCGAUAUCAAGCAGCGACGAUGACUGCAUUGUGUUAUAUGACAUCCGGGAAGGAAAGCCUAAAAGGACCCUGUUCAGUAAGAAGUAUGGAGUAGACCUCAUCCGCUACACGCAUGGAGAUGCACAGACUGUAGUCUACAGCUCCAACAAGCUAGAUGAUACCAUCCGAUACCUGUCACUCACUGACAACAAGUACAUCCGGUAUUUCCCAGGUCACACUGCAAGAGUCAUCGCUCUCUCCAUGUCACCAGUGGAUGACACGUUUAUCUCCGGCUCUCUGGAUAAGACAAUCCGGAUCUGGGACCUGCGCUCUCAAAACUGUCAAGGUUUGACUAAUCCACUGGGGAAACCUGUAUGUUCCUUUGACCCCGACGGGCUGAUAUUUGCUGCAGGGGUGGAAUCACAGGCCAUUAAAUUAUACGACCUUCGUGCUUUUGACAAGGGUCCCUUUGCCUCCUUUGAGACGAGGUUUAAUCGUGUGUGUGACUGGACUGGACUCAAAUUCAGUAACGAUGGGAAACAGAUUCUCAUCUCCACCAAUGGAGGGAUGAUUCGCGUCCUGAAUGCUUUCAAUGGAUCAGUGCUGCACACUUUCUCUGGCUACAACAACAGUAAAGGCAUCUCCCUGGAGGCCUGUUUCACUCCCGACUCGCAGUUUGUCAUGAUUGGCUCAGAGGACGGGAGGGUCCAUGUUUGGGGCACUGAGAGCGGGAUGAAGGUGGCCGUGCUGGAUGGGAAACAUCCGGGGCCAAUCAACACGCUGCAGUUUAACCCCAGAUACAUGACGUUCGCUAGCGCCUGCACUAACAUGUUGGUGCUAGACUGGUACAGAGAGCCAGUACAGAGCUGGGACAAGGAUUACGAUCAGUUCCUGCUUCCUCUGCUCACGCCUCAGGAACCCUGCUACAUCCUCUACCGUCUGGACUCCCAGAAUGCACAGGGAUACGAGUGGCUCUUCAUCGCCUGGUCACCUGACCAGUCGCCAGUGAGGCAGAAGAUGGUGUAUGCAGCCACCCGUGCCACACUGAAGAAAGAGUUCGGAGGAGGUCACAUCAAAGAUGAAAUAUUUGGCACAGUCGAGGACGACCUGUGCUUCCAGGGAUACCUGCGACACAUGUCCUCCUGCUCCUCCCCAGCUCCUCUCACAGCAGCCGAGCAGGAAUUACAACGAAUUAAAGUCACAGAGGAUAAAGUUGUAUGGGAUGAACGUAGACGAAUUGGGACUCCAACAGCGCGAGCGAGGGUUACAAUGGAGUUUGGCUUGGACAAAAGGGCGCAGACUCUUCAAGGUCUUGCAUUCCCGUUACAAGAAGAGGCCAAACGAGCUCUGCAGCAACUCAAGCAGAGACGUAUCAACUACAUACAGCUGAGGCUGGAUGUAGAGAAAGAGACCAUUGAGCUGGUUCACACCAAACCUACAGAGACCCAUGAGCUUCCCUACAGGAUUCCCACAGAUUCACCCAGAUACCACUUCUUUAUCUUCAAACAUUCCCAUCAGGGCCAGCUGCAGGAGGCACUGGUGUUCAUAUAUUCAAUGCCUGGAUACACCUGUAGUAUCAAAGAACGGAUGCUGUAUUCCAGCUGUAAGAACAGGCUACUGGAUGAGGUGGAGAGAGACUACCAGCUGGAGGUCUCCAAAAAGAUGGAGAUAGACAGUGGCGACGGCCUGACAGAAGACUUCCUGUAUGAGGAGGUCCACCCGAUGGAGCACACCUUAAAGCAGGUCUUUUCCAAGCCCCGUGGACCGGGAGGGAAGAGGGGCAACAAACGUCUCAUCAAGGGUGCAGGGGAGAACGGGGAAGAAAGUUAGACAUUAUACCCUCACAUAAGACAUUACACACACACGCAAACCAACACGAUAUCUAUGAAUUGACUUGUUAUUUGACUGUUUAGUUUCUAGCCAUUUCUUCUUUUUACUGGUGGACAUUCAUUUCACACUGGAAACAGGAGAAAAUAGAUCCACCAUAAAGCAGAAUUCAUUCAUAUUUUCCUUUGAUGAAAGACGUUAACAAGAACACUGUUGGUAGUUUGAGUCUUAUUGGCUGAUAUGUGAACACAUCUUUUGGUUUAUUUAAAUUAAAUUACAUUUUGAUUUACAUGAAAACCUGUUAAAGUCAGAUGAAGUUGUUAUUCCUCUUAAACCCUAAUCUUCCACCAGUGUGUCACAUUACACACACAUACUAUUGUGCGGCCAAACUUUUCAAAACAAACUUUAUUUUAAACUAUAGUGGAGGUCAAAAACGUUCUAUAUACCAAAUAUGUCUGGAGGAAUUUGGGGGAAAUGGAUAGUGAUCGAUUUAUUUAAGGAUUAUUGGAAACAGGAAAAAAAAAAGAAAAAUCAACAUAUUAAAGCGAAAAAAACUGUAUUUCCAACACAGUCCCAAGAUGUUAGAAGACAAAAGAAAACACAAAGAAGCACAAAACAUGAAAAUUAACCUGCAAAUCCAAAAUAUUAAAUAACUAAUUAAAAAAGUACAGCUAAAAUAACAAUGUAUCUUCAAAUGGCAUUAUAAAUAUAUUUCCCUGUCCUAACUUGACCUCUACAUUUCCAAAGACUUGAUGUGUAACUCAAGGCACCAGUGUAAAAAAAAGAAACUUCUGGCUACAUUAUAAAACAAUGCACAAAAUAUAUAAAACAUUUACAUUUUAUACAAUGGUGACAGCCAUAAAAACAUAAAGUCUUAGGUUUGUUUUCAUUAAUUUGUUCAAUAAAGAGUUUGAACAAGCUGAUACUCAACAAGUAUGACACUGUCAGACAGUGGGGGCAUUUGGGGAAAUACAAUUAUUAGUUUUCCACCUGCGUUAGACGAGAAUAUUGACACCACUUUCAUGUCUGUACGUUAAAUAUGAAGCUGCAGCGAGCAGCCGGUUAGCUUAGCUUAGCAUAAAAUGGAAAUAGGGGGAAACAGUUAACCUGGCUUUAACAAAAUCUGCCUAAAAACACUUCUAAAGCUCACUAACACUUUAUAUCUAAUUUGUUUAAUCCGUACAAAGACCAACGUGUAAAAACAACAAAGCAGUUUACAGGUGGUAAUCCGGGUUGCCAGGCAACCGGCAGAGACUUAGAUGUUAAAGGGUUAAAAUGCUUUUUAUAUAUAAUAAUUGUAUUAUUUUUCAUUUGCCAAUUACUGUCCAAGUUGAAGGCAACAUUUCCCAUCUCAGUUGCCUUCUCCUGUCUCUGCUGUCGACUUCAGGAAAUGAUUCUCGUUGUUUAUUUAUCCCUUCACUUAUACUGAUUCAGCUAUUUACAAUCAUUGGAAAAUGGCUUUUAAAUGUCUGCUUUACGGUGGAUUAUCAUUUAUAUUCCCUCGGUCUAUGCUGUACCCAUGAUUCAGUCUUAACCACAUGCAAAUUCAUCCACAUCACACUCACUGUUGCCUUUGCCUUCUGCAGUCGCCUGAGCAAAGUUUGACUACACUCAACUGAAGGCUGUUGUUUUACAUGGUCCUACAAUAAAAUAUUUUCUUUA